AUUCAAGUGGCAGAGUGUUGUGCCACCUAAUGGUGUAACUGUGGCAGCGUCCUUAUGAUGAAAAGAUAUCUAUUCAGAUUUUAUAUAUAUAAUCAAUUCACAUUAUUUCUCCAUCCACAGCAAUGCCCAGUCUUAAGAGGACCAAGAAGACACAUCAAACCAGGGUGACCUUUGGCCAGGUGAUGAUCUUCCUCUUCAGUCGAUGUCAGGGCUUCACUGCAGUUCCAUCUGAGGGAGGCUGCACCCUGGGCAUGAUGCCGCACCACAAUGACCAACAAACAUACACAGUUGACCAUUAUGACAAGAAGCAGGAUUACAGGCGGAGGGAAAUACUCUGGGAGGGACUCACGAGAAUCGAGGAACAGGGGCGUCUGCCAGAGGUGAAAGAACACCAACAGGACGGGUUUGCUGAGCAUGCUCUGAAGAUGAAGGCUGGAUACUGGGAGAAGCGCUUUUUUCCCCAGAGAUACAAAUCAGAGAGACGUUAUUCUCUGCUUAAAGCAGCUGGUGUCGACUUCAUCGACAGGGAGGAGGAGACACAGCUGCAGGACCUGAGGAGCUCCAGGAGGAACGUUGGAUGUGACUGCAAGGGCCACUGCGAUCCUCUGACCUGCAGCUGCAGCCUGGCUGGAGUCAAAUGUCACGUAAGAACAGUUUGCCUGUCAAAUUUCUGCUCUGUUGGAUUUAGUGAUUCAGUACAAGCACCACCUGUUUUAUGUGUAUUUGAGUAGUAAUGUAAGUACUUCUUCACAGGCAAAACGUACCGCAUUGAUAUGCAACUGCACCGAAGACUGCUGUAGGAACAUCCAGGGUCGCAUCCCAUCCAACAAGCUCGGGGUGCG